CUCUCUCCCACCAUAUAUUUUAAUUUCACCGCCUCCAACAGAAAAUAUUCUCUCUCUAUCUCUCCUCCGUUAGCUCCUCUUCGUUCUCCCUUGUCUCUUCCCCUUCCAAACCCACAUUCUUUCCUUCUCUUUCUCUCUAACGCACCGAACUUGUUAAGACUGUGUCGUGAUACUCUGGUUGGUGCACUCCUUGGGUGAAAAUGACGGACAUAACGGACGACAUAGCAGAGGAAAUCUCGUUCCAGAGCUUCGAAGAUGACUGUAGGCUUCUGGGAAGCCUUCUCAAAGACGUUUUGCAGAGAGAAGUUGGGUCCCAGUUCAUGGAGAAACUCGAGAGAAAUCGGGUCCUCGCUCAGAGUGCUUCUACCAUGAGGCUAGCAGGCAUAGAGGACACAGCUGAGCUGCUGGAGAAUCAGCUCGCAUCGGAAAUGUCUAAAAUGACAUUAGAAGAGGCCCAGACGCUUGCUCGAGCAUUCAGUCAGUAUCUCAAUUUGAUGAGUAUUGCUGAGACCCAUCAUAGAGUACGUAAGAUACGGAAUGCAGCGUACCUAUCAAAAUCUUGCGAUGACAUUUUCAAUCAGCUGUUGCAAUGUGGAGUUUCCCCGGAGGAGCUCUAUGACACUGUCUGCAAGCAGGAGGUUGAGAUUGUUCUCACUGCACAUCCCACACAGAUCAAUCGGCGUACCUUACAAUAUAAACACAUUAGAAUUGCGCAUCUUUUGGAGAUUAAUGACCGACCUGAUCUUGCCCAUGAAGACCGAGACAUGCUGAUAGAGGAUAUGGUGAGAGAGAUAACUUCAAUAUGGCAAACAGAUGAACUAAGACGCCACAGACCUACACCAGUAGAUGAAGCUAAGGCUGGCUUACACAUUGUGGAGCAGUCCCUUUGGAAAGCUGUACCCCACUAUUUACGUCGUGUCAGCAAUGCUCUUAAGAAGCAUACUGGGAGGGUACUUCCAUUGACUUGCACACCAAUCAAAUUUGGUGCUUGGAUGGGAGGUGAUAGGGAUGGAAAUCCAAAUGUCACGGCAAAGGUCACAAGAGAGGUCUCUCUUUUAUCAAGGUGGAUGGCUAUCGAUCUCUACAUCCGGGAGAUUGAUAACCUCAGAUUUGAACUUUCCAUGAACUGCUGCAGCGAUAGAUUGUCAAGACUAGCACAAGAAAUUUUAGAUAGAGAAACUUCGGCAGAGGAUCGUCAUGAGAAUCGAAACCAACUGCAAAAUUGGAAUCAAUUGAAGCAUCAGGGCCAACAAGUACCUUGUCUUCCAACACAGCUUCCUGCCGGUGCUGGACUGCCCUCUUGCACAGAAUGCCAGGAUGGGGAAGCACAUUAUCCUAGAUUAGAACUUCCAGGGACAAAUCACAUGCCUUCGAAUCGUCAGGGUUCAUUAAAACCAGAUGCUCCACUCAAGGAUUCAAAACUAAAUUCUACCAAAAAAUUGACAGAUGGAGAUGUAGCAAAUGCACCGGUGACCCUACGUACUGCUUCUUUCAACUCUAGUCAACUACUUGCUCAGAGGAAAUUAUUUGCAGAAUCUCAGAUAGGAAGGAGCAGUUUCCAGAAACUUCUAGAGCCAAGCCGGACACAGGGACCUACAAUCCCUCCUUAUAGAGUUGUUCUCGGGCAUAUAAAAGACACGCUUUUAAAUACAAGAAGGCGGUUAGAGCUUCUUCUUGAGGGCCUUCCUUGUGAAUACGAUCCUUGGGAUUACUACGAGACAUCAGAUCAACUUUUGGAACCACUACUUCUAUGCUAUGAAUCACUGCAAUCUUGUGGAUCUGGUGUGCUCGCUGAUGGUCGGCUUGCAGACUUAAUCCGACGAGUGGCUACCUUCCAGAUGACUUUAAUGAAGCUGGAUUUGCGUCAGGAAUCUGGUAGGCACUCUGAUACACUUGAUGCAAUUACCAGCUACUUGGAUAUGGGUACAUAUAGUGAGUGGGAUGAAGAGAAAAGACUGGAAUUCCUGUCAAGAGAGCUAAAAGGGAAGCGGCCUCUAGUUCCUCCAUCUAUAGAGGUUCCACCAGAUGUUAAAGAAGUCUUGGACACCUUCCGUGUUGCUGCUGAGUUGGGAAAUGGUUCACUAGGAGCAUAUGUGAUUUCCAUGGCUUCAAAUGCGAGUGAUGUCCUUGCAGUGGAGCUUUUGCAGAAAGAUGCUAGACUUGCUGUUACUGGGGAGCUUGGAAGGCCAUGCCCUGGUGGAACGCUGCGGGUUGUUCCUCUGUUUGAAACUGUGAAGGAUUUGAGAAGUGCGGGUUCAGUGAUCAGGAAAUUAUUAUCAAUUGAUUGGUAUCGGGAGCAUAUUAUUAAGAACCAUAAUGGGCAUCAGGAGGUGAUGGUUGGCUAUUCUGAUUCCGGUAAAGAUGCUGGCCGCUUCACUGCUGCAUGGGAGCUUUAUAAAGCUCAAGAGGAUGUUGUAGCUGCAUGCAAUGAGUAUGGUAUCAAAGUUACGCUGUUCCAUGGGCGUGGAGGGAGCAUCGGGCGUGGGGGUGGGCCCACUUAUCUUGCUAUUCAAUCUCAACCACCUGGUUCAGUUAUGGGCACUCUUCGGUCAACUGAACAGGGAGAAAUGGUGCAGGCGAAGUUUGGGCUACCACAGACAGCUGUUCGACAAUUAGAAAUAUACACUACAGCCGUGCUGCUUGCCACGCUACGACCUCCACUCCCUCCUAGAGAGUUAAAAUGGCGAAAUCUCAUGGAGGAGAUGUCAAAAAUCAGCUGCACUAGUUACCGAAGCACAGUGUAUGAGAACCCCGAAUUUCUAACCUACUUUAAUGAAGCUACUCCACAGGCUGAGCUUGGCUUCCUCAACAUAGGAAGCCGUCCCACAAGAAGAAAGAGUACUGGAGGGAUAGGCAAUCUUCGUGCAAUUCCCUGGGUGUUUGCGUGGACCCAAACCCGAUUUGUUCUUCCAGCCUGGCUUGGAGUUGGAGCAGGCUUGAAGGGUGUUUGUGAGAAGGGACAUACCGAGGAUAUUAAGGCAAUGUACAGAGAAUGGCCUUUCUUCCAGUCUACAAUAGACCUCAUAGAGAUGGUCCUGGGAAAGGCUGACGUUCAUAUCGCCAAGCGUUAUGAUGAAGUGCUCGUCUCCAAGAGUCGGCUAGAGCUCGGUGCUGAUCUAAGGAAGGAACUUAUGAUGACGGAGAAGUAUGUAUUGGUCGUCUCUGGGCACGAGAGACUAUCACAGAAUAAUAGGAGCUUGCAGAGGCUCAUCGAAAGUCGGCUUCCUUUUCUCAACCCAAUUAACAUGCUGCAGGUGGAGAUAUUGGGGAGGCUGAGACGCGAUGACCAUAACCGUAAGCUCAGAGAUGCGUUGCUUAUUACCAUAAAUGGCAUUGCUGCUGGGAUGAGGAACACAGGUUGAGUGUCACCAACUCUUAUUCAAAGCAAGGAUAUGCUGAAAGAAUUCAAGGUUGUGUGCUUGAAAAAUUUUGGUUGAUGAUGAUGCUAAAAGUGGUCUGGUCUGGUCUGCUCAUUUUGAUUAGAUUUGCUUGCUUGCAAGUAUUUACUCGAUUGUUGGAGUUUGUUUGAAUUUUUGUCCGGAAAUACACACUUAAUUUGAUUGUAUAAUAAUAAUGCAUGAUUUCUGCUUUGUAUAGUUA